AUGAGAAUUGUCUUGGUAGCUGAUACGUAUUCGGCCAACAACAAUGGGACAACCAUGUCUGCACGAAAUCUUGUUCGUGAACUGAAGAAGCAAGGUCAUGAAGUUCGCAUAGUCACAACGGGACCUGAAGGGGAGGGCCUCUACAUCUGUCGGGCGUUUGAGAAGGGACUCAUUCCCACUCUCGCCCGUUGGCAGGGGAUUACUCUGUCCCGUGGCGACAAGGACGUGAUUCGGAAGGCGAUUGAGGGAGCGGACGUUGUUCAUUGCUACUUCCCAUUUGUACUGGCAAGAGCGACCGCGAAGGUCUGCGCAGAAGCUGGCGUUCCGUGCACUGCUGCGUUCCACUGCCAGCCUGAGGAUAUCACAUACAACAUUGGAAUGAGUUCGUGUGGAUUUAUGGCCGAAUUUUUCUAUUGGGCCCUCCGUGAGUAUUUCUUUAAGCAUAUUCGUUACAUCCAUUGCCCUAGCGAGUUUAUUGCAGGGGAGCUUCAGCGAACUGGAUACAAGGCAAAACUUCGUGUAGUUUCGAACGGAGUUAAUGAGAUUUUCCAGCCUCGUUCUGUGACGAAGCUCCCGCAGCUGAAGAAUAAGUUUUGCAUUAUGAUGGUGGGACGUCUCUCGAAAGAGAAGCGUCAGGACGUGUUAAUUAAAGCAUGCGCGCUAUCGAAGCACGCGAAUGAGAUUCAGUUGAUUUUGGCAGGACAUGGUCCCAAGGAAGCGAAAUACAGAAAGAUGGCCGAGAAGCUGCCGAACCAAGCGAUUUUUGGAUUCUAUUCCCAGGAAGACUUAGUCAAUCUGUUGAACAUGUGCGAUCUCUAUGUCCACGCUGCGGAUGUGGAGAUCGAGGCCAUUUCAUGCUUAGAAGCAAUUUCGUGCGGUCUGGUGCCGGUGAUCUCGAAUUGCCGCACUUCCGCUACACAGCAGUUCGCUCUUUAUUCGAACUCGCUCUUUAAAUCCGGGGAUGCGCAGGAUUGCGCCGAUAAAAUCGACUACUGGAUCGAGCAUCCGGAGGAACGUAGAUUGGCUGGAAUCGAAUAUGCUAAAUCCAGUCAGAAAUAUAAAUUGAGUUCCUGCGUCAACCAGAUGAUAGAUUUCUUCCAGGAAGCUAUAGAUGAUAAUAAAAAUAGUAAUCGUAAUCAAUCAGUUUAG